AUGGCAUCUAAAACUAUGAAGAGAAAGCCUAAAACCAAAAAGAAUACGGAGGUUAGAGUUAGGAAAUGGGCAGAACAGGAGUUAAAACAAUUUGCAUAUGUUUUGGCAGACGAAAUUGAUGACUUUGCUCACAAAUUAGAGUCAUUGGCCAUUAAGAAAUCGGCAAAUGAGCACAUUUCUCAAAGAAUUAAAGAGGAGUUUGAUGCUAGUUUGCAUAGAACUUCUAACGAGAGUCAAGAGAAACAAAAUGUAAACGGCAAUCGAAUCGAUACAUCUGUUCCAAAGCUGAGAAAUAAAUAUAAAUGGUUAAAAGAUCAAUGGCGUAAAAUAACUGAUAGAGCAAAGACAGGAAGUGGACAGGCGGCAAAAGAUGACCCUGAAUGGUAUACAAUUCUGGAUCCUGUCUUUACUGAGACUCAUACCAAACUAAAGCUCGCUAGCCAAGCAGAUGACAUCCUGUCCAGCAAUAGUAGCGAUGAAGAAAGCGGAGGAUACGAUAGUUACAGAGGAUAA